AUGAAUCAUACAAUUCGUUCACUUCUAUUGUAUGAUUCUAUUUCUGCAUCGCCAAUUUUUAGCGUUCGGUCACACAAGAAUCUAGAUAUUCUUUCCUCACAGUUUUCUCGAAUUUCUUCAAAUGUUAUAUUUUCAUCAGGCAAAUUUCCAUCUAUUACAAUAGAGAAAUCAAAUUUUCGUAAUGUAAUUGAUACUGCCAUUAAACUUUCACAAGAUAAUUAUACGAUUUCACAGAAUUCAAUUCGAGAUCAACACAAUUUUCUGAAAUUAUAUCACACUGCGUUCGUUCAUUGCUCCACCACAAAUUCUAAUCACGAAGGUGGCGCAAUUUACUCCGAAGUUUGUCCAGUUGAAAUAAAUAAUUGCUUAUUUAUUUGUUGUUUUGCGAAAUCGUCCGGAGGUGCAAUCAGGGCAGAGAGGGCUUCAAAUUCUACGAUAACAUCUUGCGUUUUUUCCAAUAAUACUGCCGAAUAUCUUGGAGGAGCGAUUUGCUUCUCUGUUAUUUUCGAAUUGAAACUUGCAAACACUAAUUUUACAUAUAACAGAGCGAUAUAUUACUCAGGCACAGUUGCACUAAUGAAUUGCGAUGCUCCUUCUAUUUCUGAAUGCAUUGAUUACGAUUCUAGAUCACAAAGUGGCGGAGCUUGGUAUAUAAAUAACGGCGAAUCAGAAUUUACACUAGUUACUUUUAUAGGAAUGACAGUUGACGCUAUUCAUUCAUUGAAAUUUGCAAUUUGCGGAAUAUUUACUUGCAAUUUUCAAUUAUCGAAAGUUACAUCAAUACAUUGGAACUCUAUAUUCCAACUUACUGUUUCUGAAUCAGUUUUCGAUUUACCUCAAGAUCAAGCGAUUUCGAUUAUAUCGAGACCAACAGAUAAACCAACGAUUUCAAAUUGUCAUUUCGGCAUGUCUGUUGAACUUGAUCUCUCACGCCAGAUCCCGCAAAUACCAAUAGAAGUCCCAGAAAAAGUUCGAAUUGAACUUGUGAAGAAAGACGAAAAACAAUAUGCGGAAUCACUUGUUAUCAUUCAAAACAAUCAAUAUAAUGAUGCUUAUGAAGGAAAUGAAGGAAAAUCAUACUCAAGAUUAACAUAUUACUUAACAUGUCUUUGUUUGAUGCUUCUUACAGUUGCACUGAACUUUAAGAUCAACAGGAGACCAGAUGAAAAGAAAGGCGUUCUUGGACAACUUAAUAAUUACACACCAGGCUUAAUUGGUGAAAACAAAGCAGAAUUAUACAAUAAGAAUUUGUUCCCACAAAUUCAAACACCUUAA